AUGCUGAAAACAAAGCGAAUGCUGAACGUGAAUUCGAAGAGAGGCAGCGCGACUUGUCAGAAAAUUUUGCCGUUUCUGAAGAAGAAAACCGAGGCGAAGGAGAAUAAUGCGGAAACCCAAUUUUCGACCGCGCAUCCGCCGGGUCCGCCUAGGACACGACCGUUACUGCGCAGCGGUUUUCUCAACGAGCAACCUCUGUCCUCGAGCAACAAUGAUUUAGAGAGCUUCCACUGUGCGAUAGGACCCGUUCUGGCGAUGGCUCAAUUUUUCGGAGCUCUGCCGGUCGCCGGAGUGCGCAGCCCGACCCCGUUGAAGCUGAGGUUCGCCAAGUUUUCACUUCACACUGCCUACGCCGCCCUCAUCACCACGGCGGUGUUCAUUAUGGCAAUAUUGUCGGUUAUUCACAUGAUAAGAACGUUAAACUCCUCGACUUUUGAAGUGAGAGGAGGAAUAGCGAACGCAACGGCGGGCGCGAUAUUCUACGGAAACAGCGUGUUGGGUUUGCUCAUAUUUUUCUGGCUGUCGCCGCGUUGGGUGAUUCUUCAACGCGAAUGGAGAACCAUGGAACAGUUCAUAGAUAGUAACAAAACGGAACGACCGAAACUUCGAUGGAAGAUCAACUUGAUAGCCAUCUUCAUUCUGCUCCUCGCUCUUGUCGAACACAUCUUGAGCAUAGCGGUGAACACCGUGGAUUACGAUUGGAGCGGCAAGUCGGAGAAUUCGACGUUUCAAAAUUUCCUGUACAUAUACUGCAAGCACUCUCACUCGUUCAUCUUGGAAUCGCUGACUUACAACUUUACUCUCGGUAUCUUCAUUUUCAUCGUCAGCAAACUGGCGACUUUCACCUGGAACUUCACCGACGUUUUCAUCAUGAUGGUCGCUACCGGCCUGGCCGAGAGGUAUAAACUUUUGAACAAACAAGUAGUGAGGUCGACGUCGAGGCGUCGGACAACGAUAGACUGGAGCGGAUUUCGCGAGGAUUACGCUGUUCUAAGUUGCAUGGUGAAGGAAGUAGACAAUAAUAUCUCGCCCAUAAUUCUGCUCUCGUUUGCGAACAAUCUUUACUUCAUCUGUCUGCAAUUACUGAACGGAUUGUCUCAGCCGGAAGGCAGCACCAUCAUCGUCGAUAUCUACUUCUUCGGAUCCUUCAUUUUUCUGAUCGGGAGAACGGUAACCGUCACUCUGCUCACCGCUAGGAUCAACGAUCAGAGCAAAGUGGCAUUGCCGGCUUUAUACACUUGUUCGGCAUCCACCUAUAAUGUAGAGACGGAAAGGCUGAUAUAUCUGCUUACUACAGACGACAUCGCGCUCACGGGACUGCGCUUUUUUUCUAUUACGCGGAAUUUUAUGCUAGCGGUAGCCGGUGCGAUCGUAACGUAUGAGGUCGUGCUGUUGCAGUUUAACGUUGCGAUGAAUCAUUAAACAAACAAAAAUUUGUCAAAACAAAA